UGUCAACAGCCAUGGAGUUGUUGGCACCAUCCAACUCAUCCACCGCGGCGGCGGUCACAUUCAUCACCUUCGUGCAAGACCUCAAACGCAAGACGAAGACAUGGGGCCCAAUGAUCGAGGUCUGCGCCAGCGGCGAGAAAUCCCUCGAGCGAUUCCGAUACCAGUUUCCGGACGACUGGCUGUACAGCGACCAAUUGAGGGGGGAGUGGAGCGCAUUCAAUGAGAUUCUGAAGAGGAAGAACGACUCCAUCCAGGAGCAGCUAGCCGGACUUCAGCUGAAGAUCGUGGCGGAGGACAAGAUUGUGGAGAACAAGAUCAACGACAUUAUACAAGAAUGGGAACAGACGCGACCCGUUCAAGGCAGUAUGCGCGCCGACACUGCCCUCAAUACUAUCAACGUCUUCGAGGGCAAGCUCACCCGCGUCCAGGAAGAAUACGACCUUGUCUGUAAGGCGAAGGAGGCGCUCGACCUGGAACUCAUACGCCAUACGCGGCUGGAACCCGUCUUCGAAGAACUACGAGACUUGAAGGCGGUCUGGACGGCGCUCUCAGGUGUUUGGAGCCAGAUUGGGGAGCUCCGGGAGAUGCCAUGGGCUACGGUGCAGCCCCGGAAACUGAGGCAACAGUUGGAUGGACUGCUUUCGUCGACGAAGGAUAUGCCAACUCGCAUGCGCCAGUACGCCGCUUUCGAAUACGUUCAAGACGUGCUGCGCGGUCUCUUGAAGUCCAACUCGCUCAUUUCUGAGCUGAAGUCUGAGGCGCUGAAGGACAGGCAUUGGAAGCAAUUGUUCAAGGUGUUGAGGGUACCUUCGCAGAUCAGUCUACCUCUCAUGACGCUGGGUCAUGUCUACGAUAUGGACCUGCGCAAGAACGAGAACACGAUCAAGGAGGUCAUCAUUCAGGCUCAGGGAGAGAUGGCUCUGGAAGAGUACAUCCGGCAAGUCAAGGAAACGUGGACCAACUAUACUCUUGACCUCGUCAACUAUCAGAACAAAUGCCGCUUGAUCAGAGGGUGGGAUGACCUGUUUAACAAGUGCAGCGAGAACCUGAACUCGCUGACCGCCAUGAAGCUAUCGCCCUAUUACAAAGUCUUCGAGGAGGAAGCAGGAUCUUGGGAAGAGAAGCUGAACCGUAUCCACGUUCUCUUCGACGUCUGGAUCGACGUCCAGCGCCAGUGGGUCUACCUCGAGGGUAUUUUCUCAGGAAGCGCAGACAUCAAGCAUCUCCUUCCCGUCGAGACUGCGCGGUUCCAGAACAUCAACACCGAGUUCCUCGCGGUCAUGAAGAAGGUGUACAAGUCCCCGUUCGUCAUCGACGUCAUGAACAUUCAGGGUAUCCAGAAGUCGCUGGAACGUCUCGCCGACCUCCUCAACAAAAUCCAGAAGGCACUCGGAGAGUAUCUGGAGCGGGAGCGUGCCUCCUUCCCCCGCUUCUACUUCGUCGGUGACGAAGACUUGCUCGAAAUCAUCGGCAACAGCAAGGAGAUCCUCCGCAUUAUGAAGCAUCUGAAGAAGAUGUUUGCGGGAAUCUCGACGAUCAUGCUGGACGAGGAGUUGACCCAAAUUCAAGGUAUGGCGUCCCGGGAGGGCGAGGAAGUCUACUUCAAGGACCCCAUCCUGCUGAAGGACUUCCCCAAGAUCAACGACUGGCUCACCAAGCUGGAAGCGGAGAUGCGGGUGUCGCUUGCGCAGCUUCUCUGUGACGCCGUAGCCGAGCUUCAGUCAUUCUACGGCACUGUCACCCCUCUCCCACAAGAUCAGUUCAUGGCGUGGCUGGAGAAGUACCCUGCCCAGCUGGUCACUCUUGCCAUUCAGGUCGCGUGGACGGCUUCUGUAGAGGCGGUGCUAGAAAGCUCUCAAUCUCUGGACGGUCCUCUCGAUACUGUCUGCCAGGGUCUCGAUCUUCUGGCCGACGUCGUGCUCACGGAACUAACGCCGGUAACACGUCGCAAAUGCGAGCACCUCAUCACCGAGCUCGUCCACCAGCGUGACGUCACCCGAACACUCAUCCAGCAGCACGUCUCAGACAACCGGGCUUUCUCUUGGCUGUACCAGAUGCGCUUCUACUUGAACCCGACUGGGGAGAAUACACUCGAACGGCUUGCCAUCCGGGUGGCGGACGCAUCUUUCCCGUACGGGUGGGAGUACCUUGGCGUCCCCGAUCGCCUAGUGCAGACGCCUCUGACCGACAGGUGCUACUUAACCUUGACUCAGGCUCUGGACAACCAGUUAGGAGGAGCACCUUUCGGUCCCGCCGGAACCGGCAAAACCGAGUCCGUCAAGGCUCUCGGUGUGCAAUUGGGACGUUUCGUUCUGGUCUUCUGUUGCGACGAGACGUUCGACUUCCAGGCGAUGGGUCGUAUCUUCGUCGGUCUUUGUCAGGUCGGGGCGUGGGGAUGCUUCGACGAGUUCAACCGUCUGGAGGAGCGUAUCCUUAGUGCCGUCUCGCAACAGGUGCAGAGCAUCCAACAAGGUCUCUCGGCGCUGGUGAAGAACCCGAACACGGAGAUCGAGCUAGUCGGCAAGAACGUGAAGCUCAACAAGAAUAUGGGUAUCUUUAUCACGACUAACCCGGGCUACGCCGGGCGCUCUCAACUCCCUCCGAACCUGACGAAACUCUUCCGGCCCAUGGCUAUGACGCGCCCCGACCGGGAGCUCAUUGCGCAGGUCAUGCUGUUCUCCCAAGGUUUCCGAACUGCGGAGUCCCUCGCGUCAAAGAUUGUUCCAUUCUUCAAUCUGUGUGACGAGCAGCUUUCACCUCAGCCCCACUACGACUUCGGUCUGCGAGCGCUCAAGGCCGUGCUAGCAUCCGCUGGUAUCCUCAAACGUGAGCGUCUGCAAGAGGCGAGGUCCUCCGGUGAAGCUGCGGACGCCGCUGGUCUCUCCGAUACUACCUCUGAGCAGGUCAUCUUGAUCCAAAGUGUCAGGGAGACGAUUGUACCUAAGCUCGUCGCCGACGACGUCCCGCUGUUGACAAGUUUGCUGGCGGACGUCUUCCCCGGUGUCGACUACGUUCCCGUCAACCUCGACGCCUUGCGCGAACAGAUCAGCAAAGUCUGCUCAGAGCGCCGUCUCGUCGAGGGCGAGCGCUGGACCAACAAGAUCCUCCAGCUCUACCAAAUCCAGAAGAUCCAGCACGGCCUCAUGAUGGUUGGUCCUUCGGGUAGCGGGAAGAGCAACGCAUGGCAAGUGCUGCUCGCGGCGCUUGAGCGUCUUGAUGGUGUCGAAGGUGUGUCGUACGUGAUCGACCCCAAAGCCAUGCACAAAGACGCGCUCUACGGGACUCUGGAUCCGACGACGCGUGAAUGGAAUGACGGUCUCUUUACGCACACUCUUCGCAAGAUCGUCGACGACGUGCGUGGUGAGAGCGGCAAGCGGCACUGGAUCAUCUUCGACGGUGACGUCGAUCCUGAGUGGGUAGAGAACUUGAACAGUGUGCUCGAUGACAACAAGCUCCUUACUCUGCCCAACGGCGAACGUCUCAACUUGCCUUCUAACGUCCGCAUCAUGUUCGAAGUCGAGCACUUGAAGUACGCGACGCUCGCUACUGUCAGUCGUUGCGGCAUGAUCUGGUUCAGCGAGGACGUCGUGGAGCCUUCGAUGGUCUUCCGGCAUUACCUCGAGACAUUGUCCACCGUCGCGCUCGACGCCGAGGACGACGAGGCUCUCGACAUCCCUGGUCGCCGUACUGAGGCGGCUGGAGACUCUCCUACCUCACCACAUCUUGUCACGCAGAAGGAGAUCGCCCUCAUCUUGGAGCCAUUCUUCGAGGACGGCGAGCUCAUCAUGUCUGCGCUUCAGUACGCGGAGACAAUCGAACACAUCAUGGACUUCACGACCACUCGCGCCUUGAACACACUAUUCUCUCUGAUCAACAAGACCGUGCGGAACGUCAUCGAGUACAACAUCCAGCAUUCGGACUUCCCUCUUACGCACGAGCGAAUCGAGCAGUAUGCGACCAAACGUCUGCUGGUCAGCUUGAUCUGGGCGUUCUCUGGAGAUGCGCGUCUGGAGCUGCGUGCCGAGCUCGGCGACUUCCUACGGAAGCACACUGGGGUCGACCUCCCACCGCUCAACCAGGGCGGCUCCCUUCUGGACUUCGACGUGCAGGUUUCGAACGGAGAGUGGACCGGAUGGCAAGGUCGCGUUCCCGUCAUCGACAUCGAAUCUCAUGCGGUCACGGCUUCGGACGUCGUCGUGCCUACAGUCGACACCGUCCGCCACGAGGAGGUCCUAUACUCGUGGCUAUCUGAACACAAGCCGCUGAUGCUCUGUGGUCCUCCUGGCUCCGGGAAGACCAUGACGCUUUUCAGCGCCCUGCGUAAACUCCCGGAUAUGGAAGUUGUUGGCCUAAACUUCUCCAGUGCGACGACGCCCGAGCUCAUCCUCAAGACCUUCGAGCAGUACUGCGAGUACCGCAAGACGCCGAACGGGGUCAUUCUGGCGCCUGUCCAAAUCGGCCGCUGGUUGGUUGUGUUCUGCGACGAGAUCAACCUUCCUGCCACGGACAAGUACGGCACUCAGCGCGUCAUUUCGUUCAUCCGUCAGCUGGUGGAGUGCGGCGGGUACUGGCGCACGACCGACAUGGCUUGGGUGAAGCUCGAGCGCAUCCAGUUCGUCGGCGCUUGCAACCCGCCGACUGACCCUGGUCGAGUACCGUUGAGCCACCGUUUCCUUCGCCAUGCGCCGUUGGUCAUGGUCGACUACCCCGGAGAGCUCUCACUCAAGCAGAUUUACGGGACAUACAACCGGGCACUCCUCAAGGUUGUCCCCAACCUCCGGGCGUACUCGGAGCCGCUCACGGACGCCAUGGUCGCCCUCUAUCUGUCCUCCCAGAAGCGGUUCACAACCGAUGUCCAGGCGCACUACGUGUACAGUCCUCGUGAGCUCACCCGCUGGGUGCGUGGUAUCUACGAGGCGAUUCGGCCUCUGGAGAUCCUGUCGGUGGAAGGGUUGGUCAGGGUAUGGGCCCACGAGGCGCUUCGGCUCUUCCAGGAUCGUCUCGUCACGGAAGAGGAGAAACGUUGGACCGACGAGGCCAUCGACAAUGCUGCGAUGGAGCACUUCCCUACCAUCAAUCGCGACGAGGCGCUCUCGCGUCCCAUCCUGUUCUCCAACUGGACGUCGAAGGACUACAUCCCCGUUGAUCGUGAGGUCCUCCGUGAGUAUACGAAGGCUCGUCUCCGUGUGUUCUACGAAGAGGAACUCGACGUCCCGCUCGUCCUUUUCAACGACGUACUCGACCACGUCCUACGUAUCGACCGUGUCUUCAGGCAAGUUCAGGGCCACUUACUCCUGAUCGGUGUCAGUGGUAGCGGCAAGACGACACUAUCGCGCUUCGUGGCUUGGAUGAACGGUCUCAGUAUCUUCCAGAUCAAGGUUCACAACAAGUACACGGGUGACGAUUUCGACGAGGACCUGAGGACUGUCCUCCGGCGCUCCGGCUGUAAGGGCGAGAAGAUCUGCUUCAUCAUGGACGAAUCCAACGUCCUCGACUCCGGUUUCCUAGAGCGGAUGAACACUCUCUUGGCCAACGCCGAGGUCCCGGGUCUCUUUGAGGGCGACGAACAUUCUGCUCUCAUGACCGCUUGCAAGGAAGGCUCGCAACGAGAUGGUCUCAUGCUCGACUCGCACGAAGAGCUGUACCGCUGGUUCACGCAGCAAGUCGCGAAGAACUUGCACGUCGUCUUCACGAUGAACCCUCCGGAGAACGGCCUCGCUUCACGUGCGGCUACCUCUCCCGCGUUAUUCAAUCGUUGUGUACUCGAUUGGUUCGGAGACUGGUCCGAUCAGGCCUUCUACCAAGUCGGUCUCGAAUUCACCAACACUCUCGACCUCGACCUGCCGUCUUACAACCCUCCUGCGCUAUUCCCGAUCUCCUACCGUGAUCUCUCUAUGCCUCCGACUCACCGCGCCGCAGUUGUCAACGCUUUGGUCCACGUCCACGAGUCUAUGCACCAGAUCAAUCAGCGCCUCAGCCGCCGCCAGGGUCGUUACAACUAUGUUACUCCUCGUCACUACUUGGACUUCAUCAACCACUACGUCCGCCUGCACAACGAGAAGCGUGAGGAACUCGAGGAGCAGCAACGUCAUUUGCACGUUGGCCUCGACAAACUCCGCGAGACUGUCGAGCAGGUCGAAGAAUUGCGGAAGAGUCUCGCUAUCAAGCGCACACAACUCGAGGCCAAGAACGCGGAGGCGAACGAGAAGCUGAAGCGCAUGGUCGCCGACCAGCAGGAGGCAGAGCAGAAGAAGGCGGCGUCCAUCGAGAUCCAGGCAGCGCUCGUCGAACAGGACAAGCACAUCAAGGAACGUCGGGAGGUCGUCAUGGCGGACCUGGCGGACGCGGAACCUGCCGUGUUGGAUGCCCAGGCUGCCGUCAGUAGCAUCAAGCGUCAGCACCUCCAGGAAGUUCGUACUAUGGCCAACCCGCCCGAGGCUGUCAAGUUGGCGAUGGAGUCUGUCUGUACCGUUCUGGGCCACAAGAUCGACAGCUGGAGAACAGUGCAGGGUAUCAUCCGCCGUGACGACUUCAUCCAACGCAUCGUCAACUUCGACACGACCAACCAGAUGACCAAGCAACUCCGCGACGUCAUGAAGCGGGACUUCCUCAGCCGCCCUUCGUUCAACUUCGAAACGGUCCAGCGCGCAAGUAAGGCUUGUGGACCUCUCGUGAAGUGGGUCAUCGCGCAAUGUCGCUUCUCCGAGAUUUUGGACAAGGUCGAGCCCCUCCGCAAUGAGGUGCAGUCGCUCGAGGACCAGGCAGACCAGACGAAGCAGCAGGCGCAGAUGAUGGUCACCAUGAUCGCGGAGCUUGAGGCCAGUAUCGAACGGUACAAGGAGGAGUACGCCGGGCUCAUUCGCGAAACUCAAGCCAUCAAGACCGAGAUGGAGCGAGUCGAGAGCAAGGUCGAUCGCAGCAUGAAGCUCCUGGAGAGUCUGUCUUCCGAGAAGACUCGUUGGGAGGACGGCAGUCGUACCUUCGAUACCGAGAUGGGUACUAUCGUCGGCGACGUCCUCCUGUCCGCCGCAUUCUUGGCCUACGCUGGCUUCUUCGAUCAGCAAUAUCGUGAAAUGAUGUGGCAGGAGUGGUCGAGCCAUCUCGCCGAGGCUGGUGUCCAGUUCAAGGCCGAACUCUCGCUACCCGAGUACUUGUCGACGGCCGAUGACCGUCUCAGCUGGCAGUCGAAGUCUCUCCCCUCCGACAACUUGUGCACAGAGAACGCCAUCAUGAUCAAGCGUUACAGCCGGUACCCCCUAAUCAUCGAUCCUACUGGCCAGGCGACGACGUUCUUGCUAAACGAGUACAAGGACCGCAAGAUCACCGUUACGAGUUUCCUCGACGAGGCCUUCCUAAAGGUCCUGGAGAGCGCUCUGCGAUUCGGAAACACCUUACUCAUUCAGGAUGUUGAACAUCUCGACCCAAUCCUGAACCCCGUUCUCAACAGAGAGAUUCGCCGCACGGGCGGCCGUGUCCUCAUCCGCCUGGGCAGUCAGGACAUCGACUUCUCGCCAUCGUUCACCAUGUUCCUCUCGACGCGCGAUCCCUCCGUGGAGUUCUCCCCCGAUAUCUGCAGUCGAGUCACCUUCGUCAACUUCACGAUGACAAGGAGCAGUCUACAGAGCCAGUCGCUGGAUCAGGUCUUGAAGGUCGAACGUCCUGAUACGGAACGCAAGCGCACUGACCUCAUGAAGAUGCAAGGCGAGUUCCGCCUGCGUCUCCGCACGCUGGAGAAGCUGCUGUUGCAGGCCCUCAACGAGUCUUCUGGCAACAUCCUGGACGACGACAAGGUCAUCGACACCCUGGAGACUCUCAAGCGGGAGGCUGCCGAGAUCACCCGUAAGGUCGAGGAGACCGAUCUCGUGAUGAAGGAGGUGGAAGAGGUCACCGCGGAGUACCUGCCCAUCGCGCAAGCGUGCAGUGCCGUCUUCUUCAUCCUCGAGCAGCUCAACCUCGUCAACCACUUCUACCAGUUCUCUCUCCGCUUCUUCCUUGACAUCUUCGACUACAUCCUGCAUCACAACCCUAACCUUCGCAGCGUCACCGACCAUGCGCGCCGCCGGGACAUCCUGAUGAACGACCUCUUCCUCGUCGUCUACAAACGAACCUCGCGCGCCUUGCUCCACCGAGAUCACGUCAUGUUGGCAGUUCUCCUCGCCCAGGUCAAGCUUCGCGGCGUCGAGGAGAUUGCGGAUGAGCUAGAGUUCUUUUUGGAUAGUGGAGAUGGCGCGCUGCUCGCGAACACCGACUCUUUGCAGACCACCAUCUUGUCUCCUGAGCAGGCACAACGCCUUGUUACGUUCGCCAAACAUCCCCUGUUCAAGCCCGUGUUGACCCAUCUUACCGAGCACGAGGACGAAUGGGUUGGCUUCUUGGAGUCAAGUACCCCCGAGGCUUCCGUCCCUCAAUCAUGGGAUCCCAGCACUCCUGGGGUGGAGGCUGUUCGCAACAUGACCGUUGUCAAAUGUCUGCGCCCCGAUCGUGUCUUGCAGUCUACGGCGGUCUUCGUCAAGGCUGUCUUCCAGUCCGAUUUGGGUGCCGUCUCCGCGUACGAACUAGGCGCCAUGGUUGCGGACGAGAUCCAACCCGCCACACCGUUAGCUCUCGUCUCCGUUCCUGGAUACGAUGCCAGCUACAGGGUUGAGAACCUGGUGCAGAACACCGGUACUCGGUGCACAUCCGUCGCUAUGGGCUCGCAAGAAGGUUUCACGCUCGCAGACCAGGCGGUCGCUAUGGCUGCCAGGCAAGGCUCCUGGGUCUUGCUCAAGAACGUCCAUCUCGCUCCGUCUUGGCUCGGACAGCUGGAGAAGAAGUUGCAGACCCUCAAUCCGCACAGGAACUUCCGUCUGUUCCUUACCAUGGAGGCGAACCCGAGCAUCCCCGUCAACAUUCUGCGACAAUCGCGCAUCCUCAUGAACGAACCUCCCCCGGGUAUCAAGGCCAACCUGUCAGACUCGUUGCGCAGCAUCUCGUCCGCCCGACUUACCCAAGGGCCCGCCGAGAAAGCUCGCCUGUACUUCCUGCUCGCUUGGUUCCAUGCCGUCGUCCAGGAGCGCCUGCGCUACGUGCCCCUCGGAUGGAGCAAGACGUACGACUUCAACGACUCCGACAUGGCCGCCGCCUUCAACACCAUCGACACCUGGCUCAACAGCGUCGCGAAGGGUCGCGCGAACGUCGACCCCGCGUCUAUCCCCUGGGACGCCAUCCGCACCCUCAUCAAGCAGUCAGUGUACGGCGGUCGCGUCGACAGCGACUUUGACCAGAAAAUCAUCGACGCGUUUGUGGACGGCUUGUUCACAUCCGCCGCAUACAACGUCGACUUCGACCUCGUCCCGAGCGUUACUGGCUCUCGAGUACUCGCUGUUCCCGAAGGAACUAAGCUCGACCACUUCCUGUCGUGGGUCCACCAGCUUCCUGAGCGUGAGCCGCCGUCAUGGCUCAGCCUCCCUCCAACGGCGGAGCGGGUCAUUGCGGUCGCGCAAGGACACGAACUCCUCGGGAAGCUUCGCAAGAUGCGUAUGCUCGCAGAUGACGACGACGAGGCAACACCUAGCGCUGGGCCGUCUCAGGGCGCCUCUCAACAGCCUGCGUGGAUGCGGAACCUCAACGAGCGCUGCCGUGAAUGGCUCGAGCAGCUGCCUGCAAACUUCCAAACGUUGCAAAAGCAAAGUGCAGAGCACUCAGACCCGCUCUAUCGCCUGUUCUUCCGCGAGGGCUCCAUCGGAGGCAAGUUGCUUACGCAGGUCCGUCGGGACUUGGCGGACGUCGUUAAGGUCUGCGACGGUGCGCUCAAGCAGACCAACCAUCUCCGUACUCUCAUGAGCUCGCUCACGAAGGGGACGAUCCCCGACCACUGGCGACGCUACAAGGUUCACAAGGCGAUGGGUGUCUCGGAAUGGAUUUCGAACUUCGCGCGUCGGUUGGCACAGCUCGACCAGAUCGCCGGCCUGGACAACCUCAACAACGUCGAGGUCUGGCUGGGUGGACUGUUCUUCCCCGAGGCGUACAUCACCGCGACCCGGCAAGCCGUUGCUCAUCGCAAGAGGUGGAGUCUCGAGACCCUGCGUCUGCAGCUGGACAUUGAGAAGGUGAACGACCCCGGCGCAUUCAUCGUUGACGAUUUAGGCCUGGUCCUAGAGGGUGCCGCCUGGGCGUCCGACAAGCUGGUGUUGAACGACGGCGAGACCGUACGCCUCGGGCCUUCCCAGAUCCGCUGGGUGCAGUCAGAGGAGGUCGUGCCCAAUGCGGUCAACCUACCCAUCUACCUCAACGGCGACCGUAACGACAUCAUGUUCACGCUCGAUCUGCCGUUUGACAGCUCUGCCGGGUCCCUGGUCGCGACACGCGCCGUCUGCUUGACCGCUGGCGGUUGA